AUGUUGUCAUGGUUGCCCGUGGUGUUGGUGGUGUUCGUGGUCGAGGAUGUGGAGCUGGUGUUGGUUGGAGUCGGAGUUGUUGUAAAGCUGCGGCUAGUGUGGCAGGUCGAGCGUGAUUUCGUUGAUGUCAGCUUGGGCGCUGGCUCGCUGCGGGGUGCCCUGGCCGGGCACCCCGCCGGGGCGCGGGCCUCGUCUCCGGACGCGGGGGCCGCGUCCGGCGUGGGUCUCCACGGGGCGCGUGGAGCUGUCCGGGCCGGGCCGCCGUCUCCGUGCAGGGGCGCAAACGCCCUGGCCCCUGCGACGCCGGCGCUGCUUGGGGCCGCCGCCGUCGGCCAGCUGUGCGCCCGCCGGCGCGGGGGGCGCCCCUCGGGCGCGCCGAGGCCCCGCGGGCCCGGUCGCGGGCCAACGUCGCUGGGCGCCCUGGACGCCGAGACCGAGAAGUUGAUGCACGCGGGCAUGCGGAACCUGCUGGGCGCCGAGGACAACAAGAUGGCGCAAAAGUUGAACGAGGCGCUGUCCGCUACCGAGGAGGAGAAAGAAAAAUUGCAGGAGGCGCUCAAGGAAGUCAAAGGUCUUAAGCUGAGCUUGUCGGCGUGGGAGGCCAGACACUCGUCCACGAUGAACGAUUUGCUGGCCGCGCGCACGAAGAUAAUUGACGCCAAGGACGACAUGGAGGCCAUGAGGACGAAGGAGCUGCAGGCCGCCCUGUCUGCGGCCGACCUCGAGAGAGCCAAGCUGGAGGAUUUCGAGCAGCUGAGGGCGCGGGACAAGGACCUGGCGGCCCUGGCGAAGAUCAGCACGCAGGCGCGCGCCGAGCUGGAGGCCGAGAGGGCCGCGCGUGCUGCGGACGCGGAGAGCGCGGCGGCGCUCCUGGCCGCGGAGCGGGCCGAGGCCAGCGAGCGCUUGCGCGAGGCCCAGGACGACGCCGCGCGGCAGGGCCUCGCCGAGGCCGCCGCCGCGGCGGACCGCGGGGCACCAGAAGCCACAGGGCUCGGCUGCGAAGCUGAGCGGUUUGAAUUUUGCACCGUGAUGGCGCCAGGGAUUGCCAGUUGUGCCUCCUCAGAUGACCUCUCGCUUCCGACGUCGGGCCGCGGUGGCCUUCGGCGCGUGCAGUCGGCACCAGUGCUGCCUCGGGGGCCCGUCGUGAUGCGUCCUGCCAUCUGCCCCGCCCUCGCGUGGGCGGACAUGCUGGAGCUCGACGCCCUCCUCCCCGACGACUCGCACACGCCCUCGGGCGGCGCUGGUCUCUCGGCCAUCCUGGCCGGGCUCGACGAUGGCAGGGCCUUCCCUGAUGGAAGGUCGCCUUUCGAGGCGCCAGUCGGCACGCUGCCGCCCAGCACGCCGGCAACGUCCGAUCGGGCGGUCAAUUGCACCCGAACGCGCCUCAGCACCAAGGCAAGGCCCUUCGUCGCUGCGGGUGCGGCCGCGGCCGAGACCUUGUGGCAGCGGAGUGCCUGGGCUUGCGGUCGCGACAGCGAGCGGCCAUCGAUCGCGCGGCAGAAGAGCGACGCUUGCAGCGCGCCAGAGACGCGCACCACCGUGAUGAUGCGGAACGUGCCCUACAGGUGGACGCGGCAGAAGCUGCUCACGCUGCUGGACUCGAAGGGCUUCGCGACAAAGUACGACUUUGUUUAUCAGAUGGGCUGCGCCCUCUGCCGCCGGUCCCCCCCCGGCCGAUCCAUCUCGGUCUUGUCCAUCUGCCUGGGUUGCGGCAUAGGGCAUGAGGGACCAGCAAGACAUAAGAUCAGCCCCGCAGGGUGUUCUUCUGCGCGGUGCCCCCAGAGGGGGCUGGUGGCCAUCCCGGUCGACUUCGAGACCACCCAUUCCCGCGGUUUCUCGUUUGUGAACUUGACCAGCGUAAGUCACGUGAAGCCUUUCGUAGAGACGUUCGGGGGCUUUUGUGACUGGCAGAGUGGGGCUUGCAAGAAGAAGUGCGAGGUGUGCUGGAGCGAAACGCAGACCUUAGAGUCCAACAUCCUCCGCUACAAGGGCAGCCUUGUCAUGGACCCAUCGGUACCGGAUGAUUUCAAGCCGAUCGUAUUGAAGGAUGGCGUGCGCAUCCCGUUUCCGCAGUCCAUCCGAGAGUACCACGAGUUUGGCCAGAAGUCUGGAACCAGGAACGAGCUGGAAGCGGCGGCCGCCCAGGAGGCCGCCAACCUCCGGGCGCUGGCCGACCAGAAGAGGGCCAAACUGGACGCCGCCCGCUCCGACCUGCGGGCCUCGCGGGAGCCCGCCCAGUCCGAACGCUUGUUGCGCACGGGCGGGACGGAGGGAGAGGCGAAGCGCAAGUGCGACCUCGGCAAGGGGUACGGGUUCGGAGGCUAUUCUGCCCAGGGCGUGGAACGCGUCAGCGCCACGGCGUCGAGCGCCGACGGCUCGUCGCUGCUCGGGGCCGCGAAGCACGUCGAUUUCAACCAUCUCAUCCGCGUAGCUUUUUGGUUCGUGAGCGUCUGCCAGAUCCUGAACACUAUGGCCACGACCAACCGCGGGGAGAUAGGCUUCACCUCGCACCGCGUGCUGAGCCGCCAGGCGGGUGCAGGCCAAGACUCGUCCCACCUACUCACAACACUGCUGGCGUUGGCCAACUGGCUGAGCGUCGUCACGCUGCCGAAGUUGAACGGCGAGCAGUGGGUUGCCAUCCUGGUCGACUACCUGGAGGAUCAGCUGGGCCACGACAUGACCUUGAGCAUGGUCAUCACGCAGGUCUCCGCCGCGCUGUGGGCCAACCCGCACGUUGGCCGCCCCGUGGCCCGGGUUCUACCGUGCGCAUCCGUUGCCCUGGCGGGCUGGCGUGUGCUACGGUCUCCAGCCUCCUGGCCGCCCUUACCCAUCGAGUGCAUGGCGGCCAUCGCUGUGCGGCUGGCUGCAGAGGGCGAACUGCUCAUGACUCUGUUCGCGUGGGUGUCCUUCGAGACCUACCGGCGCCCCUCCGAGCAGUUCCUGGUGCCACUGCUGCUGCAGGUCAAGCGCUGGGCUGGGGACAGCGGCCUCCUGCUCCCUUUCUUCCGCGUGGAGGCCUGGGUGCGCUUCCAGGCGGCGCCGGAGGCGGUCAUCUUUGGCAGCCUGCGCCCCACUUUGUACGGCGCCUCGCACGACCGGGCCACCAACAGCUGGUCGGCCCACGACGUUCAAGCAAGAGGGCUCUGGAAGUCCUCCACCUUGGUCAUGAGGUACGAGAAGCACUCCCGGCUGGCACUGGCCUACUGUCGCUUCGCGGGCUCCCCAGUCGUCCCAGACGCCUUUGGCGGCCAGGGCGGCCUGGCCAAAGCAGCGCGGAGGCGAGGCUACGUUGCCAUCGCCGUCGAUCUCAGCCAAGGCGAGGAGUCCGACCUGCUGCAAGGUGACGUCGUGGCGCUCCUCAUCGGCUGGAUCAAUAGCGGGCAGGCUGUACCUGGCGUAAGGGUGCUGAACCAAGGGCAUUCCUAG